AUGACGGAAGACUCUAUGGAGGAAAUUCCCCCUCCAGAGGUGCAUCACUACAACUACCUCGCAGAAGUACCCUGGGAUAUCCAAAAUUACUGGUCCCAACGCUACAGGAUCUUCUCACGAUAUGACGAGGGAGUCUGGUUGACGGAUGAUGCAUGGUUUGGAGUGACCCCUGAGCCGGUGGCCAACAAAAUCGCCGAGCACCUGGCCAGCUCGGCCCCCGCUGGACGGAGUAUCCUGAUCGAUGCAUUCGCAGGAGCUGGGGGCAAUUCUAUUGCUUUCGCUCUCUCUGGAAAAUGGAAACGGGUGUACGCCAUCGAGAAAAACCCGGGUGUACUGCAGUGUGCCAAACACAAUGCCCUGAUCUACGGUGUGCAAGAUAAGAUCACCUGGUUUGAAGGUGAUUGUUUUGAGAUCUUGAAGAAUCAACUUAAGGAUUUGGCUCCGUAUAGUGUUAUUUUCGCUAGUCCUCCUUGGGGUGGCCCGGGGUAUCGCUCUGACAAAGUCUUCAACUUACAUACCAUGGAGCCGUAUUCUUUGGACAUACUGUACCGUGAGUACACGGCGUUUACCAAGUAUGUGGUUCUAUUUCUCCCUCGCACUUCGGACGUGAAGCAGCUAGCCAAAGUCAUCCCGGGGGGCCAGCAAGCAAUGUUGAUGCAUUAUUGUAUGGAAGGUGCUAGUAAAGCACUUUGUAUCUACUAUGGAGGAUUCCAUUUUGAAUGA